AUGCCACAGAUAGAUAGCUACGACGGAGUUAAGGACCCUCUAGAUUACCUAGAGACCUUCAAGACCUUGAUGCACCUUCAAGAAGUAGCCGAUGAAAUCAUGUGUAGGGCCUUCCCCACGACGCUGAAAGGUGCAGCAAGAAUUUGGAAUAAAAGGUCUACGGUUUGCUUGAUGAGCAUUAAGCAGCGAAAGGACGGGACACUGAGAUCCUACAUAUCCCGCUUCAAUAAGGAAGCACUUUCGAUCGACGAAGCCGACAACAAGAUACUUGUAGCGGCAUUCAUGAAUAGGCUACAGAAGGGAAAGUUUUUGUUCUCCAUAUAUAAGAACGACCUGAAGACCAUGUCAAAAGAACUUUAUAGGGCCACCAAGUACAUGAAUGUUGAAGACGCGCUGCUAGCUCAAGAGGAAAAACCCAAGAAAAUGGAGAGAUAA